UUUCCAAGAUGGAUGCACAAACAGUAACCAAUGUAAACUACUAGAUGUACAAAUAGAUCUCGAUCUAACUGUUGAUAUAUAUUUGUUACUUUCCUAUCAUAUCAUGGCAGAAGCAGACCCUGUAACAUUGGCAAAAAUCAACUAUUACUGCCAAGCAGGCUACUAUGGUCACAUGGAAUCUGCUGCAGUGGAAGGGCUUCAACGCUAUGGCAAUGACCCCAUUCUCAAAUUCUAUGUUGGAUUUGCCAAAGUUUUGCAGAAUCGAGUUCAAGAAGGGAUGAGGGAGCUGGAUGUACUUAAAGAUAAAAGAGACAUCAACUUAUGUGCAACUAUGGCACUCAUGCUUGCUCACAAGAAAUCUCCUAGCAUUGAUCGUGAUGCUGUUCAAGAUCUUGAUGCAAAGUUAAAAGAAGAAAGGAAACAAGCUGGAGAGCUGGGCCUAUAUUUUGCUGGGCUGUUCCUGUUCAACACAGGGAAGUAUGAUAAGGCAAGGGAAUACAUUGACCGAAUGCUGAAGAUGUCCCCAAAAAGUACUGAUGGUCUCACACUGAAGGGUUGGAUUGAGUUGAUGAGUGGCCGAGAAUCAAAGAGAGCUAUUAAAUUUUUUGAGGAGGCAUUGGUUGAUGGCUCAAAGAAUGUGAGCGCUCUCUUUGGGAAGGCCAAGUACUUUGAGUUGAAACACAACUACAGCGGUGCCCUGGAACUCAUCAACCAGGUGGUGGUCAGCCAGCCCAGCUUCCUGCCAGCUUUUGUUGAGAAGAUGAAGCUUCAGCUGGCACUGCAGGACUGGGACCAGACUAUAGAAGCUGCUCAAAGAGCAGAAAAUGUUGAUAUUCAUUGCAUUGAAGCAAUGGAGUAUCAGAUUGUACAAAUUUUAUGUAGAGAAGGAAACUAUGCAGAGGCUGCAACAAAAAUAGCAGACUUGAUUACCACCCUGGAUAGAGUGGAGUCACGCAGUGGACAGCUAUAUUUGCACUUCGCUCAAGUCUUCUCCAAACUGUGUGGCAGAAACCACUUAGUUCUCCAGCAGACAAAUGUUCUAAUGGAGAGGGCUAUGUCCCUGGACAGCAGUAAUGCAGACUUUGUCAAUGAGAUGGGCUGUCAGUUGAUGAUGCAGGGCAAGGUGAAAGAUGCCAUGAAGUGCCAUCGUACCGCCAUGCAGCUGGAUGAGACAAGUGUGGCGGCACUCACUGGAAUCAUUGGCUGCCAGCUAUUGCAGGGCCACAUUGACGAAGCGGCCCAGCAGCUGGAAUUUCUGACAGAGAUACAGCAAAGUAUUGGCCGCUCAGCCGAGCUGGCAUACUUAUCAUCAGUGCUAGCCAUGAAGAAAGGAAAAGGUCCUGAUAAGGUGAUGGAGCUGCUGAAUGAAUCAAUAGAGCUGCACUUUGCUGGUCUUAAGGGUUUGCCACUAGGGAUAGAUUACUACUGUAAAUUAAACCCAGACUUUCUUCUACGAGUCAUUAAAGAUUAUCUUGUGUUUGGCCCUCAAGUGCCUGUGACCUCAGGUCAGCCAGUGAGUCCAGUACUCAAAAGAUGCCACCAGGUGCUGGAUCCCUUAACCCGUGCUGUUCCAGGUCUCAUUGAUGGCUUGUUUCUUAUUGCCAAGGUCAAGUUUCUUGCAGGUGAUGUAAAUUCUGCUCAGACAACAUUACAACACUGUCUAGACCAGGACGCCACAUUCUCUGAUGCUCAUAUUUUAAUGGCGCAGAUCCAUCUUAACCAGAACAACUUCAAACUGGCAAAUCAGUCCCUGGAAGUUGGCCUGAGCUACAACUUUCAGGUCAGAGAUCAUCCUUUGUACCAUCUUAUUUUGGCCAGAAUCCUAAAAAAGCAGGGAAAUAUGGCAGAGGCAGUGAAAACCUUACAAAUGGCAAUGGCAUUACCUGGGAUUAAAAAGAGUACCUCAGAUUCCAAGAAGACCAAGACAGACCUGAUCAGUGUCAAUGACAGAGUUUCUGUUUUUCUGGAACUGGCAGAAGCUCACAGACUUCUGAACGAACAGCAUGAAGCAGCAAAGAUAAUGCAAGACGCUAUCAAUGAAUUUCAAGGAACCCCUGAGGAAGUUCGUAUUCUGAUCGCCAACUCUGACCUCUCCCUGGCCAGGGGUGAUGUGGAGAUGGCCCUCGGAAUGUUGAGGAACAUCACGCCAGAACAGCCGUACUUUGUGGAGGCUAGGGAGAAAAUGGCUGACAUUUACCUCAACCACAGGAAGGAUAAGCGACUUUAUGCUAGUUGUUACAGAGAGCUAGUGGAUAAGCACCCAAGUACACACACAUGUCUAUUACUUGGGGAUGCUUACAUGAGCAUUCAAGAGCCUGAAAAAGCUAUAGAGGUGUAUGAAUCCGCACUGAAAAGUAAUCCCAAGGAUGCAGCUCUGGCCAAGAAGAUUGGUCAAGCGUUGGUCAAGACACACAAUUAUGGAAAGGCAAUCAACUAUUAUGAAGUUUCUCUUAAAGCUGGUGGUCAGGCAACAUUGAGAUAUGAUUUGGCAGAGUUACUUCUGAAACUGCGACAAUUUGAUAAAGCGGAGAAGGUUUUGCGCCAAGCAUUAGAGCAUGACGGUCAAGAUCUUGAAACUUUGAUGGAACACACACGUUACUUGAUGCUUCUGGCAAAAGUCUACAACCAAGUGGACAGACUAGAAGAGGCCCAGAGCACGUUACAGAAGGCUAGAGAUAUGCAAGCCAAAGUUCUGAAACGUGUCCAGAUUGAGCAGCCUGAUGCUAUUCAUGAACAAAAAGAACUUGCUGCAAGCAUCUCAAGUCUGCUAGCUGAGCAAGCAUCCAACCAGCGAGACACGGACACAGCCAUCAAGUUUUACAAGGAUGCCCUUGUGUACAGCGAGAAUGACAGCAAGAGGAGUUUGGACCUGGCUGGGCUGUACCUGAUGACAGAGGACCUUGACUCAUGCCAGCACCAGCUGAUGACACUGCUGAAGAAUGACAGUGAGAAUGACAGCGCCACCAUUAUGUUGGCUGAUUUGAUGUUUCGCAGAAAUGAGUAUGACUCAGCCAUGUACCACUUUCAGCAGUUGUUAAAUUCAAAACCAGAUAACUACGAGGCCCUGGCAAGAUUGGUUGACUUAAUGAGACGAGCAGGUAAACUUGACGAGGUGCCAAAAUUUCUUGAACAGGCACAGACAGCUUCCUCUAGAGCUCCAUUUGAAGCUGGAUUCUCUUACUGUAAAGGGUUGUAUGAAUGGUAUUCAGGGAAUACAACAGAAGCGCUGAAACAUUUUAACAAGGCUCGUAAAGAUUCAGACUGGGGGAACAACGCCAUCUACAACAUGAUAGAGAUCUGCCUGAACCCUGACAAUGAGACUGUUGGUGGAGAAGUCUUUGAUUCAGUGGAUGGGGAAAGUGGAUCGUCUAACAUGGACAAAGACAAGACAGACACAGAGAUGUUGGCAGUCAGGACAGCAGAGAAGCUGCUGAAGGAAGUGAAGCCAAAGCCUGGAGAUCUGAGGGUUACAAUUUUAGAAAACAUGGCUCUCAUUGCAACAAAACAAAAGACCAAUGUUGAAAAAGCACUCAGCAGUUUCAUGGAAAUAUGUUCUGCAGAGGGUGGUGCUGAAGGACAGGCUGAAGCAGCAUCUAAGAAGAGAGAACAUGUUGGUGCUUUAUAUGGAAUGGCAACAGCCUACAUGGUGUUAAAACAAGUCCCUCGUGCCAGGAACCAGUUGAAAAGAGUUGCCAAAAGUCCAUGGACCAUUCAGGAUGCUGAAGACUUGGAGAAGAGCUGGCUGUUGCUUGCUGAUAUUUAUGUGCAAUCUGGCAAGUAUGACAUGGCUGGAGAACUGCUGAAAAGAUGUCUACAGUUCAAUAAGUCAUGCUGUAAAGCUUAUGAGUACAGUGGUUUCAUCUUUGAAAAAGAACAGUCCUACAAAGAUGCAGCCAAUAGUUAUGAAAAUGCUUGGAAGUAUGGCAACAAAAAUAAUCCUGUCAUUGGCUACAAACUUGCAUUCAAUUAUAUGAAAGCCCGAAGGUUUGUUGAUGCAAUAGACAUUUGCCAACAUGUUCUCAAUACGCACCCAAAUUAUCCAAAAAUUCGUAAAGAUAUCCUGGAAAAGGCAAGGCAGAGCAUCAGAGUUUGAGUAGUAUGGAGAGCACACAACUGUUGAAGAGUCACCAUUUCAUUAUCCAUUACUUUGUACUUCUAAAGCUGUUCAAAAUAAAUUGUUCCGUCCUGAGACAAGUAUCACAAUAAGGUUCAUAUUGUCUGGAGUUUUUUCAUUUUACCUAGACAAAUGUUGUCCAAUUUUACAAUUCAGUUUUUUAAAAAUGUGAUUUUGUGAUUUUAUUACACUGACGUGAAGAUCUGAUGUACAAAUCUUGAAACAUUUUUACCAGUUGACUAUCCAAUAAACUCUGUCAAGAAAUGUUUUUAUCUAAGUAUGAUUUAUGCUGUCAUGAAUAUUUAUUUUGUUUUUAUCCCAGUAUAAAUAGAUUGAAAAUAAUAAAAAUGUGAUAUAUGUUAACUGUGU